AAUAAAGUGAGAUUUCCGGAUUGAAAUUUAUAGUUUAGACUAUAGAUUUAAUUUAAGAUGGUGUUGGCAUUGAUUAGAUGGAUAUUGUUUACCAACUUACAGAUGAUUCUGAUCAUUAUGCUUCAUAGAUUUAUUUCAUGCGAGAAUUUGUCAAGUUGAUUUGAUUUCUCAGCGUGAAAAUUCGACUAAAAUUGAAAUUCUCUACAAAGUUAGAGAAUGCUAAAAAAUAUACAAAAGUUCAAAUUAUUUAUAAGAUAACUCCAAAAUUUAGAUCAUAAAAGUAUAUUUAAUCUUUUAAAAGUUAUGUUCAAAACAUAAUCAUAUUCCUUACAUCACAAAAACUGCAAUUAUCUAUUUUUAGCUAUAAAGUUGAUGUGAUUUAUCACAUACGCAUAUACCGCUACACUCUGGCAUAUAUCAGCUGCGAUUUCUUCUUUUUAAUUUCUUGCUUGAACACUGAAAGUGGUAGUUUUGAUAUGGGGUGGUUUCUUUUGGGCUCCGUUUAUCUCUCUGCGCUUUCAACUCUUUUACUCGGCAGGUAUCCUUAAUCUCUGCUUUCCUUUCUUUCUUCAAAUUUUCAUGCUUUUCGUGUCUGUCAAUUUUUUGUUUUCAAUUACCAAGGCCAUUUUUAUCACUACCCAGUUGCUAUAAGUAGUAUGAAAGUGCUCCUGUUCUUGCGUGGGGUGAUCAUUUUUUUUUUUUGAUGAAUUUAUAUGUUCGUAUUUAUUAAUUCAUAAUAGGUCAACUGUUUUCUAGGAGGUAUAAAAACUAUAGUACAUUUCAAUGGAAUAUCUCUUAGCAGUUUUUUAAAGCAGAAAUCUUGAUGUAUAGGAUAUGUUUUUUUUUUUUUUUGGUAACUCUUGACACUUGUUUCGAAUACUGCGCUGUAUUCUAAUUAAUUGGUUGGUCUGACUGAUUAACUGGGAAAAGGGGUGCCUUUUCUUAUUGUUUAUUUACUGAAUGAAAGUGUAUAAGAAUCUUGUGAAGAUUUUUUUUUCUUUUUUCUUUUUGAAUUUAAAGAAAUUUUGGAUUUAAGAAUUCAUGGUGCAUUUUGUUAGCCUGGGGGAAGUAGAGCAGGCUAGCUUACCACCGCGAGGUUGGAACUCUUAUGAUUCAUUCUGUUGGACCAUUUCCGAAGAAGAGUUUCUCCAAAAUGCUGAACUCGUUGCUCACCGCUUGCGUAGUCAUGGAUAUGAGUACGUGGUGGUGGAUUAUCUUUGGUAUAGGAGGAAAGUUGAGGGAGCUUAUGUUGAUUCUCUUGGAUUCGAUGUUAUUGAUGAAUGGGGAAGGAUGAAGCCUGACCCAGGUAGAUGGCCUUCCUCUAGAGAUGGGAAAGGGUUUACCAAAGUGGCUGAGGAAGUGCAUAAAAUGGGUUUGAAAUUUGGCAUUCAUGUUAUGAGAGGUAUAAGCACACAGGCAUUCAAUGCAAACACACCUAUCCUUGAUGUUAAUACGGGCAAAGCAUAUGAGGAGUCAGGCCGGCAGUGGCAUGCAAAGGACAUAGGAAUCAAGGAGAGAACUUGCGCAUGGAUGCAAAAUGGUUUCAUGAGCGUGGACACCAAAUUAGGAGCUGGAAGAGCGUUCCUGAGAUCACUGUAUCAACAAUAUGCUGACUGGGGUGUUGACUUUGUUAAACAUGAUUGUGUAUUUGGCAAGGACUUCAAUCUAGAAGAGAUAAGCUAUGUUUCAAAGGUCUUGACCGAACUUAACCGCCCAGUUGUGUAUUCCUUAUCUCCUGGAACAAGUGUGACACCAGCCAUGGCAAGGGAUGUAAGUAAUCUGGUCAAUAUGUACAGAGUUACAGCUGAUGACUGGGAUUCUUGGAGUGAUGUAGCUGGCCAUUUUGAUGUUUCUCGGGAUUUUUCUGCUGCAAAUAUGAUUGGAGCAAAAGGACUGCAUGGAAAGUCCUGGCCAGACUUAGAUAUGCUUCCAUUGGGGUGGCUUACAAAUGAAGGUUCAAAUGAAGGCCCUCAUAGACGAUGUAAACUCUCUCUAGAUGAACAAAGAACGCAGAUGACAUUGUGGUCCAUGGCGAAGUCUCCUCUCAUGUUCGGAGGAGAUAUGAGACAGCUUGAUGAGGCAACAUUCAGUCUGAUCACUAAUCCUACUCUCUUGGAAAUAAACGCCUUCAGCUCGAACAAUAUGGAGUUCCCCUACUUCUCAAGUCCAAGCUUUUGUCGUGUAAAAGAUCAUGCAUUAGAUGGACCCAGUAUCUCCGAGCCGCUUACUCUGGGCCUCACUAGCUGCAAAGGUGCUGAGGCUACUGGCUGGUCUGCUGGAGCUACUGAAGAUGGUCAUGAACAAGUCUGCUGGAAGGGCAUGUCAAGAAACGGACAGAAACAGCCUUUUUGCCUUUACAAAAAACAACCUUUUCUUUUAAAUGAUGAUGUGACAUAUAAGCAUUACUAUGAUGGCAAAGUCCAUUUAUUGAAGACAAAGAAGGCGGAGGCUUGCCUGGGUGCGUCUCCAUACGCAAAGCUUACUUCCAAGGAAUUGAAAAGGGGUUCAUUUUCAACUUGUAAAUUGCAUACCAACCAGAUGUGGGAAUUGACCAAUAAUGGCACCUUGACGAAUAGCUAUUCUGGCUUAUGCGCAUCUAUGAGGAAAGUCAGAGCUAAUUCUGUUUCCAAAAGCAUUCGAGCUUGGGUUGCAACUGGAAGAAGAGGAGAAAUAUAUGUUGCAUUUUUCAACUUAGAUGAUCAGAAGGUCGACGUAUCAAUGAAGAUAGCUGACUUGGCGAAGGUGCUUCCUGGUAAAAACUUUAGCACUGCUUUGUGCAAAUGCAGAGAAGUGUGGAGUGGGAAAGACUUUGGAGUCGUGAAAGACUCAUUUUCGACGCAAGUAGAAGUCCAUGGAUGCGCUCUUUUCGUCCUAGACUGCUCGUAUAGUGUUAGUGUUCCUAGUGUUCUUCUCCACCAAGAGAACACCAACAAUAGCAAAGAGAAAAUCAAGUGCAGAGAAGAAAAAAGAGGCGAUGCGAUGGCGAUGGCGGCGUCGGCUGAUAGCCUGAAUCUUGGAAAGCUUGGUGCUCUUCUAAGUAUGAGCUGUGUUUACCUCGUCGCCAAAUGAAUCAUAACAUCAGCAACAUUGCAUUCCAUUGUUAACAGCUUCAAAGAUGGUUGAUUCAGAUGAAACUAAAACUUUUAUUUAUGUUUUCGAACUCUCUAAAACAGUCGUGAUUUAUAAUAAAAAUGGCCGCUUUUUGUGUUGUUUUCUCGCUA